AGCAUCGUCUUCGGCACCCUCUAUAACACUUUUCCCGUCCACAGACGCCGCUUCGAGAGCCGAUCAUUUCUAUCAGGCCUAGGCAAAAGAAUCGCGAAGCGCAAGAUCACUGACGAGAAGGCCCUCGAGUAUUUCCUACAUAACAGCGUCGAGGACCCCGUUCGAACGAUCAUGGACGAGCUCAAGGAGGAGGAAAAAGUCAAAAGCGCGUUCGAUCUAGGCAACGGAAUCGUCUUCGAGAACCACCCGCAUGCCAUCAGCGACAUAGCCGAGGAAGUCGUCGACCGCAACGUCCCAUCGAUACCCCCCUCCACACCGCACAACAGCAAAGUCAACCUCAAACAGCUACGAGCCGAUCAGAUCUGCGUUUACCGAUCCGAAAACGACGACGACUCGAGUAGCCGUUCGAUGCUCUACGUUUCCGAAUAUAAACCACAGCAUAAGCUUACUGCGCCGCAUCUUCGCCUUGGUCUGCGUCCGAUGAAUAUAUAUAAAGAGGUGGUCAACCGAAAGACCAUCCCCACAUCAGUUAACCCAGAUGCGCGGUUCCAGUAUCAUGCGGAGAGACUUACGGCAGCCGCUAUCUCACAGACCUAUCACUACAUGAUCGAAGGCGGACUCGAGCACGGCUUGUUGACGACGGGCGAGGCGAUCGUGUUCUUGAAGGUUGACUGGCGCGAGCCCGAGACACUCUUCUAUCAUCUAGCGGAGCCGUCUGCGGAGAUAGAUGCUCACCCUGAGCAUGCCCACCUCUGUACGGCAGUUGCUCAGUAUCUGGCCUUCAGCCUGAUUGCUCUUGGUAUGCCAGGCGAGCGACAGCCACAUGGACAGGAUGAGCGGCGCCAAGCUAUGGAUAAGCUGAAGACGUGGGCGGAAGACUUCGAGACGACGCUACGAUCAGUUCCAGACGAAGAAAGGCAGCCACCGGAGAGCUCGCCGGGAUACGAACCGAAGGCUUACAAGGAUAUCGACAGAUCUUGCUUCAUCCGAAGGAAGAGGCGAGGACAUACGAGGGACGGACAUGCCAGGGAGCAAGUAAGGAGGGACACGGAUGAAUCAUCUGAGGACGAGUCGAGACGGGAUUUACCAGACACGCCCACUCCAAGGGAGCGGCAGACACGCGGAAGGGACACCGAAAUCCGGGGCGAUCAAGGUAGCCAGGGAACCCGACGUAGUGAGCGGAUCUUAGUGCGUCGGCCUCGAGGUGGUGGAGAAAGGGGAAGAAACGACAAUCAUACGCCGUAUUGCACCCAGAAGUGCUUAUUGGGGCUUGUUAGCGGCGGAGUCCUCGACUCAGGGUGCCCGAACAACUUCUUUCAUAAUAGGAAGCCGAGCGAUGGCCGCCGCCACGACCACAGUAGUGGCCGCCCAGAUACUCGGCAUCUAAUCGACCACACUAGAUUCGUAAAGCUUCUUAGAGAGCAGCUAGAGCGGACACUAGACGACGGUAUAAUACCUUUAGGACAAGGCGGUGCGCGGGGAGUCAUGUUCAAAGUGAGCCUGCUUGAGUAUGGCUAUACCUUUAUCAGCAAGGGUACAGUACAGGCAUUCAUUAACGACCUUGAGCACGAGGCAGCCGUUUACGAGCGUCUACGGCCUCUCCAAGGUACAUAUUUGCCUGUGUUUCUUGGGGCCAUUGACCUCCGGCCGCUGAACAGGACUUAUUACUACGAUCACCGAGUCUACGUGGUGCAUAUGACAUUUCUGUCGUGGGGAGGACAUGAUCUCUCUACGAUAGAGGGCUCAUUGGGUGCAAUUCAUUGUCAGGGUGUUGUGCACAAAGACAUGCGGAAGGAAAACAUGGUGUUUAAUAAGGAGAUUAACGGGAUCAUGGUGAUCGACUUUGAAAGGGCGCAGCUCUUAAGACCACCUCGAUGGACGGCGGAGGUUGUAAAGGGCAGCAAGUUAACAAAAAAGUCAACAAAGCAAGUUCAAAACCAGGGAAUCUUUUUGGGCGAUAUUGAGAUGGUAAAGAACGUGUUUGGGAAGCAAUCCACUUAAAAGCCAAGCCUAGGAAAUCGAACAUCACUCUGCCUUCACAGCCUAGCAUGAACUACUUUAUCCUCU